AUGAGAAACCGUCAGGUGCACAGCAGUGACGACGAAGAUGAUGUGCCCCAGCAUGAGAACCAAAGGAAGCGUAAAAUGCUGCGCCUGGACGAUGAAGAAGAUUCUGAGUUAGAGGAAGGGGAGUUGAGAGAGUAUAAGGAUCAGAUCAAGAAGAAAGAGGAACCCGAGUUGGAGGACGAGAGUGAAGAUGAUGAGGAGGAGGAGGAGGAAGAGGCGGAGAGUGAAGAUGAGGAUCCGGUGGAGGUAACAGCGCAGCCUAUUGGUGACAUUGUUAGGGUUUCGGGAGAUGGGGAAUGGAGGAGGAAUCAUUUCGAUUCCUUCGAAUAUGAUGGCAUUUUAUAUAAUCUUGAGGAUCCUGUGCUGUUAGUUCCCCGAGAAACACAUCUGAAGCCUCGCGUGGCCAUACUGAAGUCAUGGAAUACGCAUCUUACUGUAUGUGUAACUGUUAUUUCUGAACUUAGUGAUGAGUUCUUGUUCUAUGUGCAGGACAUUACACAGACCCAAGAAGGAGCCAUGAUGGUAACUGUGCAGUGGUUUUAUCGUCUGGAGGACGCGAAAAAAAGUGACGGCGGAAAUUGGCAAGCACGUACGACGCGGGAGAUAUUUUAUAGUUUCCACCGAGAUGAAGAAUCUGCAGAAUGUGUUUUGCACAAGUGCGUUGUCCACUUCAUACCUUCAAACAAGAAACUUCCAAAUCGAAAGCAACAUCCUGGUUUCAUAGUGCAGAAUGUAUAUGAUUCUGAGCAGAAGAGGUUGUUCAAGCUAACAGACAGAGAAUAUGAUGAUGACAAACAACAUGAGAUUGAUCUGCUUGUCCAGAAGACAAUUUCACUUCUAGGAGACCUUCCUGACAUUGAACCCAGGGAUAAUACUGCGGAUCAGGAAGAUCAGAGAUCAAAUAAACUUCUUUUAGGGAGGAGGAAUAUGUCGCCUUUAAAUGUUUCCAGGGAGGAUGGAGGAGUUUUUACAUCCCAUCAAUCUGUUAGUGCAGAAACUCCUGGAAGAACUGAAAAGUACUAUGCUAUCCUAUCACAACAUAAGGUACUCACCGAGGAAACACAGCGUGACAGGUGGUUGGAAAGGCUGCUACAAGCAAUUGAAUUUAUGUGCAUGUCCAUGGACAGCCAGAAGAAUGAUGGAAAAGAAAAAAGGGGUGCUGAUGGCAUCA